AUGGCGCUCUUGAAGCUCUCCGUGCUGGCAUUCAGCUUCGUGUUCGGGGCGGCCGGCCUAACGAUGCUGACCCUCGGGCUGUGGGCCGAGAUGGCUCUGGGAAGGUACCUGGUCCUGUCCGCCCGAGGGGCCCCCAGCGCCCCCUCCCUCCUGCUCGCCGCGGGGGCCGCCGGGCUGCUCUGGGGGGGUCUGGCUGGCGGCGGGGCGGCCAGCGGGCACCGGGGCCUGCUCCGGGCAUCUGCAGCCAUCCAGCUGACCGCCCUGGGAGCCGGCCUGGCUGCCGGCCUCUCGGGACUGUGCUACCGGAGCGAGCUGGCCCAGGGCUUCCGGGCAGGCCUGUGGCAGGCGCUGUGGGGCUACGGGGCCGGAGGGAGGGGAGAUGCCAGCUUGGACGCCCUGCAGCGGGGCCUGGGCUGCUGCGGGGUGGACACUUAUCGCGACUGGCUGGACUCCCCCUGGGCCCGAAGCCCCCGGGCCCCGGGGAAUGGCUCUCUGCCCCCCAGCUGCUGCCAAGGCCAGGCUGACUGCCAGGAGGGGGCCAGGGCCGUGGCUUCCGAUGGCUGCUUCUCCAAAGCCAGCGACUUUGUGGCCGACAACAUGGACUUCAUCGUGGUGGCGGCGCUGGGCCUGGGGGCCCUGCAGGUGGUAGGAGUCGUGCUGGCCUGCCUCCUGGCUGCCCGAAUGGCCCCUGGCACCCAGGCCUCUGUGGAGACCCCAAAGAGACGGUCCCUGAAGACCCCGAUCCCCGACGUCCCCGCUGCCCCCCUGGAGCCCUGA